AGACCCCAGGAUGUGUAAUGGACCAGCUCUGUGUUGUAGUCCUGUCUCAGUGUUGUUCCUCUCCAGACCCCCAGGAUGUGUAAUGGACCAGCUCUGUGUUGUAGUCCUGUCUCAGUGUUGUUCCUCUCCAGACCCCCAGGAUGUGUAAUGUACCAGCUCUGUGUUGUAGUCCUGUCUCAGUGUUGUUCCUCUCCAGACCCCCAGGAUGUGUAAUGGACCAGCUCUGUGUUGUAGUCCUGUCUCAGUGUUGUUCCUCUCCAGACCCCCAGGAUGUGUAAUGGACCAGCUCUGUGUUGUAGUCCUGUCUCAGUGUUGUUCCUCUCCAGACCCCCAGGAUGUGUAAUGGACCAGCUCUGUGUUGUAGUCCUGUCUCAGUGUUGUUCCUCUCCAGACCCCCAGGAUGUGUAAUGGACCAGCUCUGUGUUGUAGUCCUGUCUCAGUGUUGUUCCUCUCCAGACCCCCAGGAUGUGUAAUGGACCAGCUCUGUGUUGUAGUCCUGUCUCAGUGUUGUUCCUCUCCAGACCCCCAGGAUGUGUAAUGGACCAGCUCUGUGUUGUAGUCCUGUCUCAGUGUUGUUCCUCUCCAGACCCCCAGGAUGUGUAAUGGACCAGCUCUGUGUUGUAGUCCUGUCUCAGUGUUGUUCCUCUCCAGACCCCCAGGAUGUGUAAUGUACCAGCUCUGUGUUGUAGUCCUGUCUCAGUGUUGUUCCUCUCCAGACCCCCAGGAUGUGUAAUGGACCAGCUCUGUGUUGUAGUCCUGUCUCAGUGUUGUUCCUCUCCAGACCCCCAGGAUGUGUAAUGGACCAGCUCUGUGUUGUAGUCCUGUCUCAGUGUUGUUCCUCUCCAGACCCCCAGGAUGACAAUAAGAUCGGUAUCGAUGGGAUCCAGCAGUUCUGUGAUGACCUCACCCUGGACCCGGCCAGUAGGAGUGUUCUGGUGGUGGCCUGGAAGUUCCGUGCCGCCACACAGUGUGAGUUCAGCAGGAAGGAGUUCCUCGACGGCAUGGCCGAGCUGGGCUGUGACAGUCCAGAGAAGCUGAAGGCUCUGCUCCCCAGACUAGAACAGGAAGUCAAAGACACGGCCAAGUUUAAAGACUUCUAUCAGUUCACCUUCAACUUCGCCAAGAACCCUGGACAGAAGGGACUAGACCUGGAGAUGGCUGUGGCCUACUGGAACCUGGUUCUAACUGGUCGAUUCAAGUUCCUGGACCUCUGGAACAGGUUUCUAUUGGAGCAUCAUAUCUGGUCGAUCCCCAAAGACACGUGGAACCUGCUACUGGACUUUGGCAACAUGAUCGCAGACGACAUGUCCAACUACGACGAGGAAGGAGCUUGGCCUGUCCUCAUCGACGACUUUGUGGAAUUUGCCCGGCCAAUCGUGACAGGGGGCAAGCGUAAAACCAUAUAGGUCAUACCCAGUUCCCAGCAGGGGCUGACGAUUUUAUACACACCAGCCAAAAAGAGACUUCUACAAGACUGUCCAAGUUUGUGAGACUGAGCUGCCAAUCAGGGGCCGGGGAGCGACAUGACAGCCAAUCGGAGAGAAGGAAAACAACAACAGGAAGAGGAAGUUAUCUUUUUCUUUGUUUUGGGACUGAGUCACUCCGGGAGGCGGGCUGUUAGCAGGGGGUGGGAUCGUCGCGGAGCUAUGAGCUCUGCUCCCAUUGGCUAGCUGGAUCAGACUGAUCGGCCAACGACUACAGUACCCAUACACCAGCCACCAUCAGAUCAGUGGGCGUGUCUAUAGAUUCUAGAACUGGUGCUCUGGUCCCACCCCCCCUAGCUGCAGCCCCCCCCGACCCCGCCCCCUCCUUACUAAAGAACGACCAGGGAGAAUAAACAGAACGGCAGAGAGAGGAGGACGGUUUGCUCUCUGCAGCAGACAGACAGAAUGGUGUGAUAUUUGAUCUAGUGGAGGCUGCUGAGAGGAGGACGGUUUGCUCUCUGCAGCAGACAGACAGAAUGGUGUGAUAUUUGAUCUAGUGGAGGCUGCUGAGAGGAGGACGGUUUGCUCUCUGCAGCAGACAGACAGAAUGGUGUGAUAUUUGAUCUAGUGGAGGCUGCUGAGAGGAGGACGGUUUGCUCUCUGCAGCAGACAGACAGAAUGGUGUGAUAUUUGAUCUAGUGGGGGCUGCUGAGAGGAGGACGGUUUGCUCUCUGCAGCAGACAGACAGAAUGGUGUGAUAUUUGAUCUAGUGGAGGCUGCUGAGAGGAGGACGGCUCAUCAUAAUGUCUGGAAAGGAGCGAAUGGAACAGCAUCAAACACCUGGAAACCAUGGAAACCAGGUGUUUGAUGUAUUUGAUACCAUUCCACUGAUUCAGAUCCAGUCAUUACCACGAACCUGUCCUCCCCAAUGAAGGUGCCACCAACCUCCUGUGGUCUGAACCCACAGUAGUAAGACAUCUCUGCCGGCCCCCUGGUGGAUGAACUAGGAGCUCGGAGGUUCUGCAUGUGUUUCUGGUUGAGCGUUAAGCGGCUGGACGGAGGAGGAACAACAACUCUUUUUUUAUUAUUAUCAUUGAGUUUCUUCUCAUCGAAUCAGAGGUGAGGGGUGUGGUCGUCAUCCAAUGUCCUCAUCCAAUCCAACGUCAGUGUGAUGUUCUGCUUCCAUUUCAAUCUAAAGCGUAAAAGUUGGGUCAGUUUUGUUGUUAAUAUGUGUGAGGUUCAGGGUCUAUAUCCACAAAGCGUCUGAGAGUAGGAGUGCUGACCUGGGAUCAGUUUAGCCUUUUAGAUAAUAAUGAAUACUAGAGAGAAGACCAGAUCCUAGUGCUGAUCUGGGAUCAGGUUUGCCUUUUAGAUAAUAAUGAAUACUAGAGAGAGGACCAGAUCCUAGUGCUGAUCUGGGAUCAGGUUAGCCUUUUAGAUCAUAGUGAGAGGACCAGAGAGGACCUACUCUGAGACGCUUUAGGAAUACAGGCCCAGUUCAGAUCCACGUUGGUAUUCAGAUAGAACCGACAGAGCAGCAUGCUUUAAAGCUCAACACCAGCAGAAAUACUAUGGCUACAGUUGGAACAGACUGUGACCAUAGGAUUCAUGUAUAGAAAUACCAUUUUAGAAUAAUGAAUAGGAUACAAUAUAAAGAAGACACGAUGACAUUUAUAAUCGUGAGAGAGAGAGGAAGAAGUAUUUGAAAUACGUACGAGGUCCACAGAUUUCUAAUCCGUGUCCCAAACUGUACCCUAUUCCCUGUAUAGUACUGGUAAAAAAAAGUAGUGCACUAUUAUAGGGAACAGGUUUGCCCAUUUGGGAUGCGCCAUGUCUCCUUUCUGUUUGAUUUGAGUUGGUUUGUUUGUAACUGGUCACAUCACCAGAGACUGUUGGUCUGGCAGUUAUUUUAUUUCACAAGCAACAGCACAGGAAGUUCAGUCUAUGAAUCAUAUUCAGUCUACAACACUGUUCAUAGUUCAGUCUAUGAAUCAUAUUCAGUCUAUAACACUGUAUAUAGUUGAAUCUAUGAAUCGUAUUCAGUCUACAACACUGUAUAAAGUUCAUAGUUGAAUCAUAUUCAGUCUACAACACUGUAUAAAGUUCAUAGUUUAAUCAUAUUCAGUCUACAACACUGUUCAUAGUUGAAUCUAUGAAUCGUAUUCAGUCUACAACACUGUAUAUAGUUCAUAGUUGAAUCUAUGAAUCGUAUUCAGUCUACAACACUGUAUAUAGUUCAUAGUUGAAUCUAUGAAUCGUAUUCAGUCUACAUCAGCAGUUUAAAUCAAGUCUAAUGUUAUUGGUCACAUACACGUGUUUAGCAGAUGUUAUUGCAGGUGCAGCGAAAUGCUUGUCAACACCCCCCAGUUCUUUGUUUUUAAACCGUUUCAGUUGUUUGUGUUGUUUUGGUUGGUCGUCAUGGGUUACUGCUAGCCAGCCCAGUGAAGUGAAUGUUAGAGCACAUCAUCAGACCAGACUGAGACACGUCUACUACACACUCUCUCUCGCUCUCUCUGUCUCUGUCUCUGUCUCUGUCUCUGUCUCUGUGUCUCUCUCUGUCUCUCUCUCUGUCUCUCUCUCUGUCUCUCUCUCUGUCUCUCUCUCUGUCUCUCUCUCUGUCUCUCUCUCUGUCUCUCUCUCUGUCUCUCUCUCUGUCUCUCUCUCUCUCUCUCUCUCUCUGUCUCUGUCUCUGUCUCUGUCUCUGUCUCUCUCUCUCUCUCUCUCUCUCUCUCUCUGUCUCUCUCUCUCUCUCUCUCUCUCUGUCUCUGUCUCUGUCUCUCUCUCUGUCUCUCUCUCUGUCUGUCUCUCUCUCUGUCUCUCUCUCUCUCUGUCUCUGUCUCUGUGUGUGUGUGGUUAUAGUACAUCAUCAGACCAGACUGAGACAUGUCAACUAGCUACUACACACACAGACACACGGAACAUCUCAGUAACAGACAUCCUCUAAUGCAGCAGGUAACAGGAGUUCUGCUUCAUUCUCUGGAAUCAGAUUUUGGGCUGCGCCUCGUCUGUCUCCCAAAUGGCACCUUAACGUUGUGCACUAUGUAGGGAACAGGGUGCUAUUUGGGAGGUAUGUUUUAAGUUACACUUGUUAUGCCACAUGUUCUUAGACAAUUGCACUCACAUCUGGGGGGGGGGGGGAAUGAAAACAUUCUGUUCAGUGUUGAUGUGUACCGACAGGAGAAGACAGAGACUAUGGAAGAGAGAGAGAGACGUCCUCUGAACUUCCUACACUACGGUACGCGCUGAGAGAGUGUCCAGUGUGUUGACCGUCUGAGCUUUACUCAUAUUCACUAUUAUUUUCACUGAGAGAAAAGAAAGAGCAUUUAAAACAUUUGUCAUCGUUCUACAUGACUUUGUUUUGAACAACUGAAGGUCCCGUCAAUAAAGCAUGUUGUUUUUUAACAAAAAAAAAAUGGAACGA